CACACACACACAGACAAACACACACAGAUAAACACAUUCAGCACGUGCCUGGCUGUUUGUCCGUCUGUUUGCCGACGCCAGAGGAACAGAAGAGGAUCCAGCAUCCAAACAGCAGAAGCUCUCACCUGAAAUUCAACAAAGGACUAUAGUGUUAGUGUGAUAUUUUUUCCCAGUCGGACCAUGGAUGCAACAGAGUUUCGUCGCAGAGGAAAGGAGAUGGUGGACUAUGUGGCCGACUACCUGGAGAACGUAGAUCAGCGACCGGUCUACCCAGACUUGGAACCAGGGUAUCUUCGUUCCUUGAUCCCCAGUGAGGCUCCACUGGAGCCAGAGAGUUAUGAUGAUAUAAUGAAAGAUGUGGAGAGGGUCAUUAUGCCGGGGGUGACCCACUGGCACAGCCCGUACUUCUUCGCCUACUUCCCAGCUGCUUCCUCUUUCCCCGCCAUGUUGGCCGACAUGCUGUGUGGAGCCAUUGGCUGCAUUGGAUUCUCCUGGGCUGCCAGUCCGGCCUGCACAGAGCUGGAGACAGUGAUGUUAGAUUGGCUCGGCAGGAUGCUGCAGCUGCCUGAGUGUUUCUUUGCCGGAACUCACGGUCAUGGAGGAGGUGUCAUCCAAGGCACAGCCAGUGAGGCAACCCUGAUGUCGCUGCUUGCUGCUCGUUGUAAAGCAAUCCGAAGGGUUCAGGCAUCAGUGCAUGAAAAAACAGAGGCUGAAAUCUUCUCCCAGCUGGUGGCGUACACCUCAGAGCAGGCUCAUUCCUCGGUGGAGCGUGCGGCUCUGAUUGGAGGAGUGACGAUGAGGAAGGUUCCUACAGACAACAGCUACGCUGUCAGAGGGGAUAUGCUGAAGAAAAUGGUGGAGGAGGACAAAGCAGCUGGACUUGUCCCUUUCUUUUUUUGUGCGACUCUCGGCACCACUCCAUCGUGUGCUUUUGAUCAGAUCACCGAGCUGGGGCCCAUAUGUAAUGAGGAAAAUAUUUGGAUGCACAUUGAUGCAGCUUAUGCUGGGAGUGCAUUUAUCUGCCCUGAGUUUAGGCCUUUGUUGAACGGCGUCGAGUUUGCAGACUCGUUCAACUUCAACCCACACAAAUGGCUUUUAGUCAACUUUGACUGCUCUACAAUGUGGGUGAAGAAGAGAGCAGACAUUAUUGGAGCCUUCAAGAUUGACCCACUGUACCUGAAACAUGAAAACCAGGAGUCAGGCUUGGUCACAGAUUAUAGGCAUUGGCAGAUUCCGCUGGGAAGAAGAUUUCGCUCACUUAAAUUGUGGUUUGUCUUCCGUCUGUACGGGCUCACAGGCCUUCAGUCUCAUAUACGCAAGCAAGUAGCCCUGGCCAAAGAGUUUGAGAGUUUGGUACGAGCCGACAAGAGGUUUGAGAUCUGUGCUGAGGUCAUCAUGGGACUGGUCUGCUUCAGGCUGAAGGGCUCCAAUGAGCUGAACCAGAGCCUGCUGAAAAAGAUCUCAAGGAGCAGAGAGAUCCACCUGGUGCCUUGUCAGCUCUCUGGACGCUUUGUCCUGCGCUUCGCCAUCUGUGCACGAACCACUGAGUCACGUCACAUCCAACAAGCAUGGCGGCACAUCACGCAACUGACCUUUGAGCUCCUGCAGGAAGAGUCCAGCCAUUGACCAAAAGGCAGCCAUGCGGCCCACAUUGCAGACCAAAGUUAGGGUGGAAAUUUCAGAGUUUCAGGUUGUGGAUGUAAGAUGUCACAAAGGGAUUGAAACAGCUCGCUUAGCAGUCACGUGUGUUUGUAUCAGCAACCAAGCAGUAAUCAUUAUUUUGCUGAUAUUUCUUUUUUGAUUUUGCAAACUUCUGACAAAUCUGCAAAAAAACUGUGCAUUACAGGAAAGGCUGCAGCUUCAGAAUAUUACAUGUUCUAUCUGCAAUUAAGCUUUAAUCUGUCACUGCUUAUAUGUCAUUGUCCUCAUUGUCCUUACUGUCUAUGCCGCUUCUGUGUCUUCUGUGUAUAAAGUUUGGUAUAUGGGGUGAAGUCCAGGUUUGGUUGGGUAGAAUCAUGGAAUAAGUGAAGGUUUUGAGUUUUGCGAUGAAUGUUCUGUGUGCGUGACUGGAGUUCAUGUGUGUCUGCAAUUUUUCUGUGGGUGUUUGUACAAAGAUGUCUUUUUUGUGUAAAGUGUUACAUUCCAAUGAAAUGAAUGGGUUGUGAAAGAUAAAUACAUCAAAUGAAUACAUAUAUAUAUAAAUAAUAUACAUGAUUAAUAUAUUGUUUAGGGGGCUUCAUAGAAAGUUAAAAACUUCCAGCCUUGCUCAGAGUUAGCAGGUUAAACCCAUCAUAUAAGUGCAUUUAUUUAUGGCCUCUUUAGCAAAAGCAGUUAUGCUGAAUAUAUAAUGGCAGGCAAGGGCCUAUGUUUUUUAUUGAUUUUAUUUUUUUACAGAAUAGUUAUUGAUUCAUGUUGUGUCUAAUGCACAGUGAGCAAGAAUUUCCCAAAACUGUAGCACAAGACAAUCACUAUUCUCCUGUAAGUCUGUGGAUAUUGUGUUACUUUUGGGGCACAUGGGGCCGCUAUUUAUUUAGUGAGCUUAUUCACAAUCAUUAGAAUCAUGAUGGGUAUGAAUUUGUAACAAACACUUAAGAUAAUCGCCCUGUCCUAUAUUGUGUUAUGUUUCUGCGCUUAAACAUAUAAAUGAUCAAAUGAGUAGAGUUUAAAAAAAGUUGGGUAAAUGGUGCACUUAUUAAAUGUGUGGUACUGCAUUCUAUCCAGUGCUGAUUUGGUGCAGUUCAUUCCAGUCAAACAUUGUGCGACAUCAUCACACAUUGUUGUUAAUUCAUAGGUUUGUGUCAAAUUCAGCUGCUGUAACGGAUCAAGAUGCAGUUUUUUUUUUUUGCUUCACUGUGCUGCAUGCAAUG